AUGUAUAUGUAUUUCAUACUGUUCCAACACUGUAUUUUCCUAAAUUAAUGUAUGAUUCACUAAGUAAAACAUCAACAUUGUUGUUAAUGAAAUUCCUUGUUACCUAUUUGAGGCACAGUAACCCUUUUAGACUAAAGGACCCAGCUUCCUCUUCAAAUGGUUGGGGUCAAAGGUCCUUUGUCCCAGCAGUCUUUAUUACCAAGUGUCAUCAUAUGAAGUUGAUAAUAUUGGUUCAGUGGAGCCAUUAUUACUCAUUUAUUGCUUUGUAUUUGAAUGAUCUAAUGCUCACCAGCAGACGCCCUGUUACACCUUUCAGUCUGGAGAGAAAGAAGACUGUAUUAAGUCCUGUGUUUGAUAUACUUUGGUUUCACUAUGUUUGUGGAUGUACAAUAUGAAUUAUGUAUGACAGAGUUAAUAUUUAGAAAAUAGGUACCUGAAAUGGAAAGAAAAGGGUAAUGUGCGAGAACGAGGUGUGCAGAGGAAGCCCACAGCUGGUACAGUAUGUUACUGGCAAGCAAGUAGUUGUAAAUAAAAAAAAAUGUUGGCCACGCUGUUACCGUAAUGUCUUGCAUAGCAAACCCCUUCAAAAAUGUACUUUAAAAAAGGAUUAUUCUAAGUAGAAUAGUUACACAAUUUAAAAAAAAUAAUAGGUUUAUUGUAUAUAGCGCUUUUCAUUACAAAGAGAAUUUCAGAUACGCUUUAAAAAAUAAUACAUUUAGGGGUCUGGCAGUGGCAAGUGAUGGUGUUCCACUGCAGUUCAGAAAUGCUGUGGUUAGUGGAGGGAGUGUUGAUGGUACAGGGAGGGAGAAGUGUCAAGUCAGAUACUGUAGACAGGCCCGGAGCUCUUCCUCGGGCACCUUUGCCGUAUCCUGCACGAUGUUUUUAUUUAAUUUUGUAUUUAUCUACAGAUAUACACAACACACAUGAACAGAAAACAUCCCUGUAUUACCAAGGAAACUCGCGUACGUGUCUAAACCCAAAUUCCCCAGAUCCACUCACUUGGGCAUGAACCGAUGCUCAAACGAGCUUUGUCCUUCCCUUUUUAUUCAUGGUGAUUCGUGGCAACUUUAUUUGAAUGAAUCAAAACACUGUCAUGGUCAAAAUCACUAUCGGGUCACAUCUUCACACCUCAAUACUGUCAUCCUCGUACCAAUCUUCAUUAUCACCAUUAAAAUAAUUUAAAAUAUCUAAACCCCGGGGCAUAUUUCUUAAUCCAGCCCUGACCCAACGUAAUACUUGUACCAUACAACCUUCUCUCUGGAAAAGCGAGUGAGAAAUAACUUACUACUGGUGUUAUUACGGUAUAUUUGACAGUGAAGGCCAAGGGGGAGAGGCAUUUCGAAUUGAGUUAGAUGUGAAAAAAUCAAGAGCUUGUGUCAGCUUUCCCUCCCAACUGUACAUACCAGAAAACCUCUGUGACCUCCGUGUACCAUUAUGUGGCUCUGGGCACUGCUUCCGAUCUGCUUGGCGGUGUUUGGCACUGUGGGCAUAUGGGUGGUGUUUGGUAUCGCUGUAUCGAAUGAGACUGUUAACAUCACAGAUAGAUUCCCUUACAUCAGUGAGUGUGGCACCUAUAAUCCACAGAGCUGCAUCUUUGCUCAGAUCUGCAACGUCUGUGCUGUCUUGGCCCUGUGGGUUGUGGUGAUCCGGUUUCAGCAGGUCAGGGACUAUGGUCAGAACAGCAAGGUGAACAUCGCCAGUAUCGUACUGGGCUUCAUCUCCUGUGUGGGCAUCUCCCUCAUCGGAAACUUCCAGCAAUCUGUAGUGAUGGGGAUCCACUUGUUGGGAGCGUUCCUGGCGUUCUUCGUGGGCCUGGCCUACUUCUGGCUGCAGGUGUGGCUCUGCUACAAAGCCCAUCCCUUUAAAGACCGUCACUGGGUUGGACCUCUUCGAGCUACAUUCUGUAGCAUCUGCACCGUCCUGGUCAUCACCAUGGCUAUACUUCAUAAUACCGGCUACAAAUCUGGAGCGGCCAUUUGCGAGUGGGCCUUGGUCAUGUCCUUCUUUGUCCUUUUUGGCCUCUUUGGGUCCGAGUUCCGUCACAUCGACUUCCACCAGCUCACCGUGCAGAAACAACGUCUGAAGACACAGAGCAUCAACGGAGUGGUCAGAAUGAAUGAUGUUUCAUAGUACAGCCAAUGAGGCAGGUAGCCAAGUGGUUAGAGCGUUGGACUAGUAACCUGAAAGGUUGCAAGAUCGAAUCCCCGAGCUGACAAGGGGGGGGGGGGAAUCUGUCGUUCUGCCCCUGAACAACCCACUGUUCCUAGGCCGUCAUUGAAAAUAAGAAUUUGUUCUUAAAUGACUUGCCUAGUUAAAUACAAAUACAAAUGAGACCGUGACAAUGAUCAUGCAUUGAUACACUGUUCUUAACAUCUAAAGACACACACUAGGUUAUUUUGACUCAGCUAGUUUGGUUGCGUUAAUAACCUAACAUGUUGGGUUGUUUGGAAUACCCAAACAUGGGUUAAUUUAAACAUUGGUAGUUUAAAAAAAAAUGUAAUCCAGGUUAUUUUCAUGAGGCGUGGCCUAUUAGGGGCGUGGCUUCCAGAUAAUGAUUUUUGUAUCACAAAUCGAAUUGUCGUCUUGUACUGUUAUUCAGUCAAGCAGAUCUAAGAUUUUCUCCCCUUUUGGUUUUUAUUUUUGUACCAACAGAAAUGAUUUAAAUGUCACAUCAAGACAUGAACACUGUAAACAUAUCCACACUAUUUAUGUAGAAGGAGAUAUGAUACAGGAAUGGAUACUUUUUCAAGUCAUGCGGGUUUACAUAAGUGUCUGAUGAGGGUUUACGUAACUAAGUGUUUUUAAUUUUGCUGAUGUUAAAUAAAAUGUUACUUUAAACAUACUGUACAGAGAA